AUGACGAAGCACGAUGAGACAGAUCCAGUAAUGACUGAUCAUCAUGCCCUGGUAUAUGGUACAUGGAAUUUCUUAAUUUUCAGAUAUUUUGCAUCCAAAACACAUAAUGAGUUCACAAUCAGGAUUCCAACAAACGGCAUUGGAAUGUUCAUACGACCCAUCCGCAAGUUGAAUUCGGACAAAGAUCUCAAGCUCUUGAUCUGUGACAUCAGCUGGGCUGUAAAUGAAAAGACAUUCGCCGAUAGUAACCGGAACUUCUUGGAGACCAAGAAAAAAGGAGAAAAAGAAGAAGAUCAAACAUGUUCAACUGCACUUGGGAGGGCAAUCCACUCAUAUCCACUAAAGGCAAGUGUGCCCGCCAAUACACCAUUUUCUAGCAGUAGGUUCCGUACUAGGUUUGAUUCUGCUGGUGCGAGACGUGCCGCACCCGCCGUUUGCACCCAUCAGCUUUUGCCUUCAGUUGCGACAUCAGGUUCCUGCCCAUUUGGCAUCAUCAAGUGCUUACCAUUUGAAAAACGACCAUUACCUACACUGUGA